AUGAGCCAGUUCCCAGCUGAGGGCACAGACUUGAGUCCAGGCCAGGAGACCACGGCGGGACCGUGGCUCCUUCCCUGCCGCUGCGGAGUUGCACAGAGGCGGAGGCUCGGAUGCACUCAAGAUUCGGCUCCACCCUUAACCCACAGCCAUGGCUCUGUGGCCAAGGAAGGCUUUGCUGCUGGAGGUGUAAUGGACGUUAAUACUGCUCUGCAAGAGGUGCUGAAGACCGCCCUCGUCCAGGACGGCCUAGCACGUGGAAUUCGCAAAGCUGCCAAAGCCUUAGACAAGCGCCAAGCCCAUCUCUGCAUGCUUGCAUCCAACUGUGAUGAGCCUAUGUAUGUCAAGUUGGUGGAGGCCCUUUGUGCUGAGCACCAAAUCAACCUGAGUAAGGCUGAUGACAACAAGGAACUAGGGGAAUGGGUAGGCCUCUGUAAGACUGACAGACAGGGAAAACCCUGUAAAGUGGUUGGCUGCAGCUGUGUGGUGGUUAAGGACUAUGGCAAAGAGUCUCAGGCCAAGGAUGUCAUCGAGGAGUACUUCAAACGCAAGAAAUGAUCAAAUUAAAAAACUGGGCUCUUGUUCCUCA